AUGGCCACAAAGACCCUCCGAGACUACUGCCGGGAGUGCGACAUCAAAGACUUCGAACCCAAAUUUAACGGGGAGGGAAUACGAUCCGGUUCCGAUGUCCGACGAUUCACGAAACGGAUCAAGAACAGAAUGGACCAUUUCGGCAUCCCCGAGUCAGUUCAAAUCGCUGUUGCUGUCACGGCCAUGUGCGGCACAGCAGAGGAUUGGUGGUUCGACUUGGAGCAGAAGCCCACGACUUGGAAUGACUUCACCAAACUAUUGACCGACCGAUUCACUCCUUACCAUUAUUAUAUGUUAGAACAGGAGUGGAAGAGUCUCUACCACGGACCUGGCGAGGCAUCCUAA